GCAUUCAGUUUUUACGUGAGUUCGUGGGGAGUAUGAAGUAACUGGUUGAAGUAGUCUUCAUCACGAUUCACGCGUCAUAUAUGGUCACAUGUAUAAUCGUGCACACAUUAAAGUGCAUUCAAUUAUGAUCGCAGUAUUAUAUUAGCCAUUGUACAGGAUUACACCGAUUCGUUUUUACAUUGUGAUGUCUGGUCAGAGAAAAUCUUCAUAUAAACAUCACAAUCAAUCAGUAUGUGAAGUAUAAAGAAGUUACUCAGUUUUUGUGUCAGUGUCGCUCUUGCGGAAAUAUGGUUAUAUUUAGUAUAUGACGAGCAUAGCGUUGUGAUCGGCAACAUUGGUUGUGGAGCACGAAGCACUGCCACUCCCCCAUUGGAGUAUUAAUACGUCUUUCUUAUUUUAUUUGAUAACUUCGAGAAAAUGGAAGAUAUUUUCCAAUGGUGUCGCGAAGGAAAUGCCAUGCAAGUGCGUGUUUGGCUGGAUGACACUGAACAUGACAUGAAUCAAGGAGAUGAUCAUGGAUUCAGUCCACUCCACUGGUGCUGUAAAGAGGGCCACUUGAAAUUGGCAGAGUUGCUAGUUAGUAGAGGAGCAAGAAUUAAUGCUACCAAUAGAGGAGAUGACACUCCACUUCAUCUUGCUUCUGCUCAUGGCCACAAGGAAAUAGUUCAACUAUUACUAAGAAAUCGUGCUGAUGUUAACGUUACAAAUGAGCAUGGAAACACUGCCCUUCAUUAUGCAUGUUUUUGGGGUGACCAAGCAGUUGCUGAAGAAUUGGUAGCUGCUGGUGCUCUCGUAUCCAUUGCAAACAAGGAUGGUGAUACACCUUUGGAUAAGGCAAGAGGUCUUCUUGCUAAGAGAUUACAUGAUUUGGCUGUAGAAUACGGGCAGGAUUUGAAGAAGAUUCAGUUUAAAGAUCAAAGCUGGUUAGGUUUAAAAACCAGAAGUCGAGAUGCAACACUGUCGCGGCAUAAAGGAAUUAAUAUGGCAGACUUGUCAUUACAUACUCAUUUAGCAAGUACACCGAGUGGUGAUACUUGGCGAGGACGUUGGCAGAAUAACGAUAUAGUGGCUAAAAUUUUAAAUAUACGCGAGUGUACGGCCCGCAUUUCGAGAGAUUUCAACGAAGAAUUCCCGAAACUAAGAAUUUUCUCACAUCCCAAUGUUCUACCUGUUCUUGGUUGCGUUAAUCAACCACCACAGUUAGCAACCGUUUCACAGUAUAUGGCUCGUGGUAGUUUGCACCGACUUUUACAUGGAGGUACAGGUGUAGUUGUUGAUACGGCGCGAGCACUGAGAUUGGCGCUCGACGUUGCAAGAGCAAUGGCAUUUCUUCAUGGACUCGAAAGGCAGAACAGAUGUAGAUUUCACUUGAAUAGCAAACACAUUAUGAUUGACGAAGAUCUAACAGCUCGUGUGAACAUGGCGGACUCGAAAUUUUCCUUUCAAGAGGUUGGCCGAAUUUAUGAACCAGCAUGGAUGUCACCAGAAGCCUUGAGUAAACGUCCAGCUGACAUAAAUCUAGAAGCCAGUGAUAUGUGGAGUUUUGCAGUCUUGUUAUGGGAACUUGCAACUAGAGAAGUUCCAUUUGCAGAUCUUUCGCCAAUGGAAUGUGGCAUGAAGAUUGCACUUGAAGACCUGCGCGUUAGUAUACCACCGGGAAUCUCACAGCACCUUGCUAAACUUAUUCGAAUUUGUAUGAAUGAAGAUCCAGGAAAGCGUCCAUCUUUCGAUAUGGUUGUUCCAAUACUCGACAAAAUGAAACGUUAGCUUGUGGUACAAUAUCUCAUUUGCUUUUUAUAAUUUCCAAAAUCAUCGAAAGAAAUACGUCAUUCCUAAGGAAACAUGAUGGACCUAACUAUACAGAACUUACAAAAACGUUAAAAAUGUUCAACACAGUGCCUCUAUUAAAAUGACUGAAUUAUAUUUUUUAUACGAUAAUAUUUCAUGAAACAAUGUGCCUCCAAAAAUUUCCACAAUAUUGUAUUUAUAUACAGUGACAAGAUUGUUGUUACACAUAAUUUAUAAUGUGUAUGUAUUUAUUCUGAUUAUAUCUACGUUGUCUAAUGAAUAUUAACAUUCUUUUUUUUUAAACAUACAAAUUUUUCUAGCUGGAAUUUUGUUUUUCAUAUUGUCAUUUAUUGAACGUUAUAAAUAUAUAUUUAAUAUUGCAUUCAUUGUAUCAUGAUCUAGUGUGACGCAUCAUCCUUGAAACCAAUUUUUCUUAGUACAUGUCUUUCUGGAAGUGGUCCUGUCGAGAACACAUCCUCUGUAUAGGGUGUAUGGAGGGUGCAAUAUAUGCAGCAGCGUUUUCCAAAAUAGAGAACGUGGCUUCUGGGAAAGACGUUUUAUAAUUCAAGGGAAAUGUGGAACAAAUGUUUACUGCCGAAAAACGCGAAUAAAUAAAACAACUUUCAUUGUAUUGAUCAUCUGAGUUUUAAAACUAUAGAACUAUAUUUUUUGUGUAUUAUUUUUAAUGUAUUACUUAUUUAAUAAAUGCCUUCAUUCUUAAAA